AUGCAAGCUUUAAAAGAGUCAAAUGAGGGUACAGUGGUUCAUUGGUGUACGACACCAACAUUAGACCCUUCUACUCAUGUGUUCCAGAGAGUUUUUUGGGCAUUCAAGCCAUCUAUUGAUGGCUUUAACCAUUGUCGCCCACUUAUUACCAUUGAUGGUACCCAUCUUUACGGAAAAUACAAGGGGACACUUCUCAUUGCCAUGGACACAGAUGCUAAUUUUCAGUUGUUUCCUCUUGCUUUUGCCGUUGUUGAAGGUGAGACGGGUGAUGCAUGGGAAUGGUUCAUGUUGUGCAUACGACAAUUUGUUACUCAAAGAAAGGGUCUUUGUGUCAUUUCAGAUAGGCAUGCCUCGAUUUUGAAAACAAUGACCGCUGUUGGCAGUGGAUGGGAAGAACCACAUGCUCAUCACAGGUUUUGUAUUCGUCAUCUAGCCUCAAAUUUCAACUCCAAAUUUAAGAAUGCUCACUUGAAAAACCUACUUGGUCGUGCCGCGGAUGCACGUCAAAAGAAUAAGUUCAUACACUACUUUAACAAGAUUGGUGAAUUGAAAUUAGAAGCAUGUGAAUGGUUGGCAGAGAAGCCAUUGUAUAAGUGGUCAAUCUAUCAUGAUGGUGGUUUUAGGUACGGUAUACAAACCACAAAUAUGUCAGAGUGCUUCAAUGGGAGUGAAUUUUACUUUGUGACUAGGCGUGGUUGGGGUAAAAGAAGACUGCAAGAAGGUUAUGAGUACAGUGAAAAGGCAUUGAAAACUAUCGAUGAUAACUUAAAAAAAUCAGCAGCACAUAAGGUUGAUCCUUUUGAUUAUGAGAAGGGCUUGUUUGCAGUUGAAACUGGUUGUGGUAAUCGAGCUUCUGGAAAAGGUGGUCAUGUUCAUACUGUGAACCUAUCUAAAAGGACUUGUAUAUGUCAAAAAUUGACCAUCUAUAAGCUUCCAUGCUCUCAUGUUUUAGCUGUUUGUCGGCAUCGAAGCUUAUCAUAUGCUGAUUUUGUUGACCCUUUCUUCAGAACAACAGAGUAUAGGGACACUUAUAAGAAUACUUUCAUGCCUGUACCUGAUGUUUCGAGAUGGCCUCCAUAUGUUGGCCCUAAAAUUUUUGCUCCACCUACUCAAAAGCGCGCCCCUAGACGCACCCCUUCAAGUCAAAUGGUCCACUCGGGCCCCCUUGACCAUUCCGUUCUUAUUUACCAGGAGGAUCAUAGGAGUGAGGAUGUGUGGAAAGGAGUAACACGAGGAGAUAAGGUAUUUUCAUGUAGGGAGAAUUUAUUUUCUUUGACUCGGAAUUGGGUAGUAGAUGAUCGAAUGCUAAGUUAUGUUAAGCAAGCAGGCUUCUAUGGAGUGCACAGACUACGAUGUUCUGUAGGUCUUGAUCGACCUCUCAUUACCGCUUUGGUUGAGAGGUGGAGACAAGAAACGCAUACAUUCCACUUGGCAGUUGGUGAGGCAACUAUUAAUUUAGGGGAUGUGGCCUGUUAG